UUUCGGAGACUGACCCAGGACGAGUCGGAGUCCAGAGAGGCCUGCAUCGAUCAAGACGGCGAACUCGGACACUACAAGUGUACCGGAUUGUCGGGUCCAGGCCGACUCGGCGAGAUUAAGUGUCUUUCAGGUUGGCAGGGUCGAAACUGCCUGAAAGCGGUUUGCGAUAAUGGGUGCGGAAACAACGGAUUUUGCGUGUCGCCUGGAUGCUGCAUUUGCCUAAAAGGCUGGAGCGGAAAAUUGUGCUCUACAUUCUCCCGCCAUCCGGGCUUCCAGAACUCUUCUGAACCGAGUGGUACCAACUGUGGUUGGAGGGGCGGUCAAGGAGGAUUUAGUUUUAUGUCGCAAGAGUCGAUCCUGACAAAACCGAGUGUUGAUGCCUCCGUACAAGAAGAUGCUGAUGCAUCUGAAAUACGAACCUUAUUUACCACCUCAGUUGAGGUUCAGUUGGAAGACGAUUGGCGCACCGAGUCGAGAGCCAGCAUCUACUACCUUGAGACAAAUCCGGCUGCAGCCACCCAGAAUGAAUAUGUUAUCGAUGUGUUCCACUUAAAGGGCGCAGACGACUAUCAGAACUCCGUGCGAAGCCAGAACAACUCGACACUAGGUCUUCGCUUUUCUACAGACGCCUCUUCGCCGAGUCAACCGAUCCGUCUGCGUCUGGAACCGCCGGCCCCGGACAACAAUCCCGACACCAUCACGGCCGCCAGUCCUACAGAAGGUCAAAAUGGCUCUAUACACUCGUAUUGCUUUGUUAGAAUAUCCGAUUCUGCCCUCAAGGGUAUGGAAGAUGAGAACAACAAAGUGUUCGAUUUGACCAUGUAUCUCGACCUGAUAAAAGAUUACGCCAGUUCGCCCUACACUUCUGUUCAUGUCAAUUCUGUCAGGGAUGCCUUUCAAUGGGUAGGACUUACUGCCAAGCCAAUGCAUACUUACCCUUUACUUCAUCGAACUAGAGCCUGUCCAAUCUACGCUCUAUCGAGACAACGUCCCUAUACUUCUGCCACGAUGAUGGAGAAAAACAUAAAUUUACUUGACAUCAGGAAACAGCUAACUCUUCGUAUCUUUUUUCCCGAGAUCUGGCUCUUCGAUGCACAACCGAUGAAAACCUAUUCAGGACACGAAAUCUCGAAUAGAAGCUGGCAGGGCCUUGAGUACAAUCUGACAACUCCUGAUUCUCUCACUGCUUGGGUGGCUAGUGCCUACUGUCUGACGAGAACUCGGGGCUUAUGGAUUGCCAAUUCCAGUGAACUCUUAGUAACUUUGCCCUUUUCCCUCGACAUUCGCAUACCAAAAGAGGUGAAGCGUUAUGAGACUGUUCGUCUGCCAGUGAAUCUGGCAAUGCGGACAAUCAGGCCAGUGGGAUCGAAACAGGACAAGCUCUGUCUUGCCGUGAAAGUCAGCAUUCAAGAACAUCCAACCUUUAGGCUCGAGUCGUCGCCCAUCAACAUCCAAUGCCUCUGCGAAGGAGAGACGAAAAUGCUCCACUUCAACGUGAAGCCGAUUAGGCUUGGAAAGAUGCCCGUCAUUGUCAAGGCAAUUGGUCAGAGCGACUCUAUCAUUUGCUCGAAAGGCUUCAAUCUGACUGUUGACAAAUACUUUGUC